UACAAAAUCAAAAUCCGACCGUCGUCGUCAUCCUCGCGCUCCCUCUCUCCAAAUUUCAGCUGUGUCUCUGAAAACCCUAAGCCGUUCAUCCUCAUUCUUCGUCGAUUGGAGAAGGAGAUAACAUCAAGUUAGUCCAUAGCUUCGAUUCAAGUUCGGCGUUGUUGUCUCUGUUCUCUUCAGCGGUCCUCUUACUUCGGCUCUUCGCACAGAGUCAUUUUCAGCUCUCUUGAAGGCCCAUUCAGUGCUGCAUUGGGUUGUUUGAUAACCUUCCUUGUAGUCUUGUGACACAUGAAACUUUCAACCAGUGUGCUUCGAUAAUUCUAUUGGUUUUUUGGGUGAACCAUGGGUUUUGAUUUGGAUCCCCUUGAUGAUGUGCUUCCUGAGCCUGCUGCUAUCAAUGCUCGGGCUGGGGGCAAGUUUCAACCAAAGGCAAAAGCCCGACCUAGAAAGGGAACAUCUGCCUCAGUUCCAUCAACUAUUUCUAAUGCUACAAAGGAAAAGAUGAUUAGGCCGACCACUACUGGCUCAGACACAACACAGUCUCUUCGCCCUAUCGAUGUUAUACAGAAUGGAUUAAAUGACACAGUUGGUUCAUCUCUAGAUACCUCAGAGAUUGGUAGGAGUAAAGAUACUUUGAAAGACCAUGAGGGUUUGGUUGGAGGAGUUUCAUUCACUGAUAACAAUAGAAGUCUGGCAUCAGUGAGUUCCCUGUCCCAAGUUUUUGCCUCUGGAGAGGAUGUGGGCACCACAGGUGCUCCCCCUUCAGAGACAGGUGCUCCACAUCCAGGAGCUAUAUCUGAUGGCAAUGGUGAUUGGCAUUCUAGCUUUGGGAAAAAAUUGAAAAAUUACGAGGGUUCUCCUUCAGAACUUCAAUUUCCUCAUGAAAGCAGAAGCUCAUUUCUAGUGAACCCCUCAUCUCAACUUCUUGUGGAGGAUUUGGGCUCCACGGAUGCUCUGCAUUCGGAGGUUGCUGCUUCUGAUGGCAAUGGUGAUUGGGUCUCUAGUUUUGGAAAAUCAGUGGGAGAGGCAGACACUCUGGGGUUUGAUUUGGACCCAUUUGAUGACAUUCUUCCUGGGCCUGCCACAAGCAAUGUUAGGGGUAGUGGCAAGUUUCAACCCAAGGCCAAGUCUCAACCAAGGAAGGAAACAUCUGCAUCAGUCACUACCACUCUCCCUGAUGUCAUAAAGGAAAAACCAGUUACACUAGCCUCCAUUGGCAUAGAUGCAGCACAGUCUGUUCAGCCGGCUAAUGUUGUAGGGGUUACAUUCUGUGAUGAUGAUAGAAGCUCUGUAAUGGUAAACCCCUCAGGUCCACUUGAUGCAAUAGAUGCUCUGCAUUCAGAAGUUGCAAUUUCUGAUGGCAAUGGUGAUUGGAAUUCUAGCUAUGGAAAAUCAACAGGAGAGAAUGCAGACAUAUUUUCUGGGUUGGAAUAUCUUGAUGAUUUUCUCUCUCAGCCUGCCACUGUGACAGUGAGUGCUGCAAGUAAGCCCCAACCUCAGGUUAACAUGAAUGCCCUCCCAGGGAACAAGUUCCUGGAAUCAUAUCCUGUUUAUACUGAUGCUGAAGGUCGGCUCUCUCCUUCAGAGGCACAAAAUCUUCCUGCUUCCAAUAACAAGGACAUAGGGGAGGAACCUGAAGAUCAAGCGGGUGGGAGGCAAGCUGAUGUCUGUAAAAAUGAUCAAGAUUUUCAGAUUGAUAAUAGAAGGUUGCAGCCAGAGGAAGUAGAGGCCUUUUCUGGCUUGGAAGCUCUAGAUAUUUUGUCAAAGGCCACCCUUGCAUCUGGGCAAGAUAUGGGAGAAAACCCAUCCCAAUCCAAGCUACAUACUGACAAAGAUAAACCUAGCUUUGAUGUGCCCCAUCCAGACACAGUUGAGUCCGUUUCAUGUUCACAGGAUGCUCAUUUGCUUCCAUCUGAAACUGAAUACAUGGAUGAGGACUCGAUUCCUGCUUUCCCAGCUGGUGAAGUUCUUGAUUUCUCAUCUGUGAGGUUCAGUGACUCUGCUUCUACAGAUCCUACCUAUGAAUUACCAGUGAACAAUAAAGACCUUGCAAAGAGUGCUAACUUAGAUGCUGCUGCUUCUGGAGAUGUGCAUUCAGCAGGGGCUGGUCCUAAAAUUCCUGGAAGUGAGAGUUCAAAGGGCAGAAAAAGAAAAACUUCGACAGGAUCUGUUCUCUCUCAAAAGGGCCAAAAAUCUUCCACAGCUGGUGACAAGAAUGAAACUGGGAAAUCAUCAAGGCGGCUGAGAAAACGGAUACCUACACGUGAACUUGUUGAUGAGUCUGAGGAUGAGGCUCGUGAUAAUGGGGCCAAGCCUGCUGAACCUCCUAUUAAUUCUGUUGCUGAUGAGGAUAGAAAUAGGGAUGAUGAGUGCAAGGUGGAAAAUUUAUCCCGAAAGAAAAGAGCUCCAAGAAAGUCAAUGAAAUCUGUUGCUGAAAAUGAAAAGCCAGUUCGGAAGCGUAAGAAUGCCAAUGAAACAGGGGACAAGUCAACCAAAGAACCUCCCAAGAAAUUUUCACAUUCUACCAGGAGGAAAAGAAGAUGUGUGGACAAGACUUUGCUUGAAACACCGGAGGAUGAAAUUGACCCUCAAAAGUUGCCCAUUAGGGAUCUAAUUGUUCUGUCAGAGAUGAGAGAGCGGAUGAAUAAAGAGGCCUCAUCAUCGAAAGUACCAUUGGCCAAUCAAAGUGCUGAUGAUUCUUAUCUGCAUGAUUCUUUUGAUAAUGGAUGGGAAACUGGUGCUACAGAACAGGGUAGGGCAUCAAAUGAUGAUGAAGAAAAUGUUAGGAUUCAAUCAAGUAGUCAUUACAUUAAUUACCAGUCUUACAUGGACAAAACACCCACUUCAAGAUGGUCGAAAAGUGACACAGAGUUGUUCUAUGAGGCUGUUCAGCAGUUUGGGACAGAUUUUUCUAUGAUAAUGCAACUUUUCCCUGGUCGAACACGUAAUCAAGUCAAGUUGAAGUAUAAGAUGGAAGAGCGUAAACAUCCAUUGAGGCUUUUUGAAGCUUCGACAAAUCGUGCCAAAGAUCAUUCCCAUUUUGAACUAGUAAUUGAGCAGCUGAAACAAGUUGCUGCUCAGGAAGAACAGAACUCAAAGCGGGAGAACUCAGUUGGUUUGACAGGUGUGGAGGAGGAGAUGGAAGAGGUGACUCUUGAAACUAAUGAAGGUGCAACAAAGUCUGACCAAAAUGAAGAAGGUGCCGUUGAAGAAGCUUUAGCUGAAGACAAGGAAACAGACGUUGCUGAAUUUGGUCCUGAGAAGUCUGAUGAAAGUGAUGAUGACCUGUAUAGAUGGAGUCAAUAUAAAAGUGAAUUAUAAAAAUUUCAAUCAUUCAAGAUCAGAUGCUCACUCUUGUUUCUAUUGCUUAAUGCUAUGAGAUGGUUAUAGUAACCAUCUAUCAAUAUUGGUUCUUUGUAAAUGCAGCAUAUUUAAGAUUGUGUUUGUGAAUUUACUCCACAUUUUUUGUCACCCAGAGUUUCAUUCUGGAGUCUUUUUUGCCCAUGGAUGUAUUUCACCUUUCCGAAGGCUGUGUGUACGAUGCUUCAUGGAGUCCUGCACUUCAUUUUGUAGUUGAGGUUCUACUUAUCAAUAUAUCUUAAAUUUUUUCAUCA